CAGAGCCAAGCUGGAGGGACCCUUGAAGCCAAAGCUCUCGUCUUUCCCCUAGACCGAGCUGCGAAAAACGUGAGUCGAUCCGCAGCAUUCUCUGGGUUCUCCUCGUACUUGCUUUUCGUGAUCUGGGUUCCCGUCUGAUGCAGCAGCAGCAGUGUAAUGUGAGCGAUGGGAACAGAAGUAAUUGAUACAAGCACGGUUAAAAAGCCGGAUCAUGUUGCUGUAGGUUCAAAUGACUCGAUCCAUCAAAAUGAGGAAACAAUGGAGAUGAUAGAAUAUUAUGAGGUCAAGAAAUGCCCUGCUGAAAACUCCAUUGCAAUAUCUAAACUUGGCCUCAAAGAAAAACACGAGGACGGCAAGACUAUGGUGACAAAACACCCUAGGACUGGCUUGCGUGAUGAGAAGGCCAAAUCAGAAGCUCAGACGAAAAAGGACAACAGCAAGUCAUCAAUGUUGGCGAAGCACGGGAUGAAAUGCAAUCGAACGCAGUAUACUGUCCCACAACCGUUCGCCUUGGCAACUGCAAAGCGUGCUAAUGGCGUCCGCCAGAGUGGGGCUGAACCAGACGGGCCAAAAGCUGCUGAUAAGUACAUAAAUGGGAAGUCAGUGAAAGCACCGGAUACUGACAUGAAACGGAAUCAGACACCACCUUCAUUAUCAGGGAAGCCCUUGCAACCAGAUAAUAAGAAAAAUCCCAAUGAGGAAGAUUCGUGUACCAUUGCUUCCAUCAAUCCUGGAUCGGCUCAUGUCAAGUCCCAAAUGACCAUGGCAUCAGCUCCCAUGUUAAGAUGCACUGAACGUGCAGAGAAACGAAGAGAGUUUUACUCCAAGUUGGAAGAGAAACACCAAGCAAUGGAGGUGGAGAAAACCCAGUCCAAGACGAGGACCAAGGAAGAGAGUGAAGCAGCUAUUAAGCAACUGAGAAAGAGUAUGACAUUCAAGGCAACCCCAAUGCCGAGCUUCUACCAUGAGGGGCCUCCUCCAAAGGCCGAACUCAAAAAGGUGCCACCAACCCGUGCAAAAUCACCAAAACUGGGCCGAAGGAAGAGUCAUGGAAAUUCAUAUAGUUCUACUCAAAGAAAUCCGGUGAAACCAAGUUCUCUUGAGGGAAAUCGUCGAAGCCUGAGCCGUUGCGAGUUAGGCAACACUGCCAGCGUCACUCUUGAUAGUUUUCACAACUCUGAGGAUGAUCUCACACAAGUUAUGGAAAGAGAAGAGUCGACUCCCCCGAGGAUGAACGGACUUGGGAUUGGAGACCAAUCUCAAGAAUGACAUGGAACUUCAAGAGAGAGGCCGGGAGAAAAAAAUUCUCGAGAGAGACCAGUUUAUCAAUUUCGAUUCUCCAAUACUUGCUGCAGUUGUUUGUGUAACUUAAUGAAGUGUAAAUUUCCUGUAAGUUAUAUGGUCGUACAUAUAAAAGAUUUUCAUGACUUUCCAUGAUAAUAUUGUCUAUUACUGUCCUCCAAAUAAUGAGUUCUUUUUUCCCCUCCUGCA